UUACUUUUUCUUGUUUGAAUUUAUUGGUUCAUUGGUGAGCUGCAUUUAUGAAGUAGCGGAGACCGCAGCUGGAAUCUGCUGCAGCUUCAAGAAAUUGCUCUCAAGAUGAGCUUUUUGUUUGGGGGCCGUUCCUCGAAAACCUUCAAACCCAAAAAGAAUAUUCCAGAAGGCACUCACCAAUAUGAUCUAAUGAAACAUGCUGCUGCAACUUUGGGAAGUGGCAAUUUGCGUCUUGCAGUUAUGUUACCUGAGGGAGAAGAUUUAAAUGAAUGGGUUGCAGUUAAUACUGUUGAUUUCUUCAAUCAAAUCAACAUGCUGUAUGGUACAAUAACCGAAUUUUGUACGGAAGAAAGCUGCCCAGUUAUGUCAGCAGGUCCCAAAUAUGAAUAUCAUUGGGCUGAUGGUCAGACUGUGAAAAAACCAAUCAAGUGUUCAGCACCAAAAUAUAUAGACUACCUGAUGACUUGGGUACAAGAUCAGCUGGAUGAUGAAACUCUUUUUCCAUCCAAAAUAGGUGUGCCGUUUCCAAAAAAUUUCUUAUCAAUUGCAAAGACUAUCUUAAAACGACUCUUCAGAGUGUAUGCUCACAUAUAUCAUCAGCAUUUUUCAGAAAUAGUGCAGCUUGGAGAAGAAGCACAUCUAAACACUAGUUUUAAACACUUCAUCUUUUUUGUUCAAGAAUUUACAUUAAUUGAUAAAAGAGAGCUUGCACCACUGCAAGAAUUAAUUGAAAAGUUAGCAUCCAAAGACAAAGUUCAAGACACUCCUACACGCUAGCAAUUAUUUUAUUCAAAAUAGUUUUUGCUCUUACAAAUAUUGGUUGCCAUAAUGAGAUUAGAUUUAAGAUUAAAUUAUGAAUUAACUUUUUUCUUUAGAGAGUUAAAUUGUGCAUUGAAAAGUAUUACAGAAAUACACAGAUAAAUAAAUAUAUUGUUAUGCUUUUUUUUUUUUUUUUUUUUUUUUGCACAAUUUAUUUGCUGUAGUGCUGGCUGACAAAAUUUCAUUUGUGGUAUUUUGAAACAUGCUUACAUCCCAUUACAUUCUGCUUAGAAAUAGUUAGAUAAUAUGUUAUGCAAGAUUUUAAAAGAAAACAAUUGUCUAAUAUAUUCAUAAAAAAUACUAAGAGGUACAUAUUUUACUAGCAUAAGCAGAUUGCAGAUGUAUAUUCUAUUAGAAACAAAAAAUAAUAAUAAUAAAUGCCUGUGUAUAUAUAUUUUUUCAAUUAAUUUUCUUGUCAACUUGUUCUUCAGAGCCUUUAAAUUAUAGUUCAUUGUGUAUACUAUGCUUAUGAGCAAAUUCUUUUCAUCAUAAAAAUUUUAUUUUUGCUUCUCUUUAAUUCUUACUUGAAGAAAAAAAUACAAGCUGUAAUUAUUUAUUCAUUUGAAACUGACUUUUGCAAGCCCAUAUUUUUUACAACAUCAAUCAUUAAAUUCUCUUUUAAGGUUUUUAUUAAGAAAUGAGUGAGGCCUGGGAAUAAUUACUGCAAGAUGAGUGCAGGAUAAUAUAAUUGGUGAUUGGGAAUUCCAUAAUGUGGCGGUAUUUACUGAAUGAACUAGAAUUGUGAUUCUAAAAAGAUUUUGUUGCAUGAAUUAAACUAUUGCAAUUCAAAUACCACUUAAAGUUCUCUUUUUGCAUUGAAUAUUUCAAUUUUUAUUGUUUUCCUAAUUUUGAAACAAAACACUACAACAAACCAAAAAUGAGUAAAUAACAAUUUUUGUAAUGUUCUGUAAUUUUUUUCUGGAAAACUCUAGUUGGUGAAUCUUGAAAUUUAUAGGAAAUUGGUUCUUACAAUGUACGUGAAAGUAGAGAAUGUCAAUAUAAAGUAUUUUAACUACAUUUUUUUUUCAUGCAUGCAUCAAUACACAGCAUAUAAAUAACAGCAUCUGAUGUUUUCUUUAUUAAAACUAUCGUAAGAAAAUAAAGAUUUACUUUUCUUUUUAAAAACACACAUUCUUCCUGGUGUGCAGUUAUUGGACCCCAAGUACAAAACGCUUGAGGCCACGACGUUUCCAGAUUUCAAAAUUUUCCGAAUUUUAUUUCCUGAGUUAAAAAGUAGCAAAAAAUAUUAUAUUGUGCUAUAUUUGUCACAAUUUUCCAAAUUUCGACCAUGUUCAUGCUAAUGCCAUUUAAUUCUGCUAGGCAGGAAGUUUCUGGCCUUGUGAGUUAAUAGAUAAAUUGAGCUCUGAUGUUAGACAUUUGGGUUAACUUUUCUCAAAGCAAAUCUGAAAACAACUAUUUUGGAGGAAGGGCCUGAAAUACAUUUCCAAAAACUGUGCAACCAACAUGUCAUAGGUCAUUUGGGGAUAAACGAAACUAGCAGGGGGCAGAGCCCUCUAGUUCCACAUUGAUUAACCUGACUUGAUUUGAUCUCAAGUCUUGUGUUGUGAUUACUAAAUAGUGAGAGAAUUGCAAAUUCUAAACACCUUGACUCUCCUUCCUUGAUAAAGUGGUAACUAGUGAUUGCAAUACCGGUAUACCGAAUACCAGUAUUUGAUGGGGUAGAAUACCGGUAUUUUCUGUAUUGGUUAAAUAUAAUAAAUAGUUUUUAAUUAAAAAGUUUUCAAUUUAACUAAUUUGAUAUAUACUGUUAUUUUAAAUAUAAAUUUCUUUUUCAAUGAGACAGUUCCAAAAUCAAUCUAUUGAAGUAAAAAUUUGGCUUCAAAAGCAAGAAUUUAUAGAAUAUCAAUGAAGAAAAGUAGCGGAAAGAUUACGUAAUGAAAUUUUCUUCACCAGAUGGUGUGGUGAAUCACUUUCGUGAGUUUGUGUGAACCACAUUUUUAUUUUCUCCAGUUCCAUGACUUGC